CUACCCAGCGCUAGUGGAUGAUUGUGUCACUCCGCGCUCGCGCACCCAGCAGAGCACCGGCGUUUAUUCCGCUUCGCUUCCGGUGUUCAUUGUCUCUGUCGCGCGCUGUCGGUUAAUCAGUCCUCAGCGGUUAAACCCGGAGCGCUCGCGAGGCUCACUCGGUGUUGCUGACCGACAUUAAUUGAGCGUCACGAGACGCGCGCGCGCGCGCACCGGACACAGGUUGUUUAUAAAUGCGACGGUUUAUCCGCCAGCACAACUGAACUUGCGCACCGUCACGACUCCGGCUUCCCCGGGAACGCUGCAGAUUUACCGACUGGAAGAAAAAAAAAAAACAGAGCAAGCUUUUUUUUUUUUUCUUCUUCUUCCGUCCGUCCAAGCGGAUAUUUGCCCGAAUCAGGUUAAAGCAGGAUCCGGUUUCAGUGCCGGCUUCCGUUCGUGUUGCAGUGCGCGCGCUCGGUGUGCUCCAGGAAGAUGUCCGGUGAAGUUCUGAUCCCGGAUGACCGAGCCUUCAGUAACUUCAGACAGCAGUGUGUGUCGGAUGAAGGAUGGAGUCUGACUUACAAGAAGUCCGGUAUCACGGUUCUGAUCCAGAUCCUGGAGGAGGAGAAGUCCCUGCACAAAAUCAAGUGUCGGAUGGUGUGUAAGGACAUUUCUGCAGAAACCAUGUAUGACGUCCUCCACGACAUCGAUUAUCGACGAAAAUGGGACUUGAACGUGAUCGAGACCUUUGACAUCGGCAAACUGACUGCGAACGCUGAUGUCGGCUACUACUCCUGGAAGUGUCCUAAACCCCUAAAGAAUCGUGAUGUGAUCACUCUGCGCUCCUGGCUGCCUAUAGGAAGCGAUUACAUCAUCAUGAACUACUCUGUCAAACACCAGAAUUACCCACCAAAGAAGGAGCUGGUGCGAGCCGUUUCCAUCCAGACAGGUUACCUCAUCCAGAGCAAUGGUCCUUCCAGCUGUACCUUAACUUACCUGGCACAGGUUGACCCUAGAGGUUCUCUCCCUAAGUGGGUGGUGAAUAAAUCUUCCCAGCUUCUGGCUCCUAAAGCGAUGAAGCGUAUUGCAUGGGCGUGUGUGAAGUACAGCGAGUGGAAGCAGAAGCACAAUCCAGACUUUAAGCCAUGGCUUUACCCGGAGCAGAGUCGUCUGAGCAGCAUGGCUCUCUCGGAGCUCUCUGUGCAACGCGCCGACUCGCUCGAAAACAUCGACGAGAGCGCGCUGUGUGAGAGCAAGGACGAGUGUGCUGAACAAAGUGAUGAUGACUGAGCGCACACACACACACGCGUUGCAUCGAGGACACUAAACACGACACAUAGAGUACACUAAGGGACCCAACUGGGGUCAAUGUAUAGAUUAUAUAAAUAUUAUAAAUGCAGAGUAGGAAGAGGGACAGUGUUUAUUUCAUUAGUGAGCUCCGUCAGAUCCACAGCAGGACAAGUUUUAAAGCGGAUAAAACAUCUGUAUGCAAAUGAGUGUUUUGUUUUUCAAUCUCAUUGUGUUUAGGCAGUCAUGUGCAAGAAAACAGUGUCCACAUGGAAAAACUUCCCUUUGCUUCUUAAUCAUUCACUAAAAAAAAGUUCCUUUAUUCUUGUGGUCUGAAUAACGAGACAGAAAAAUUAACCAUUUCAAUUUUUUUUUUUUUUUCUCUUCCUGCCCCUCUCUCAUACUUACUCACUCGUUCAUAGUUGUGACCCCUGCCCACUUCUUGCCCCUUUUCGGAAGGAAGUGUCCUUGACUUCAUUUCUCAUGAUUUUGUUGGAAAAAGUUUCUUUACUAUGUAUUCUUCACAGCAUGAAGUGAUGCGACACACACACACACACACACACACACACACUGCCCACCCAACCAUAUACAUACGUACUGUACAUCCUGUCUUCUGCUGGUGUGCCACUAAGGUGACGAUAAAUAAAUUUGAUUUCUGUCUGGGA